AUGGUAACAGCUUCAACAUCACUAUCCGAUAUGGCCUCGCCAACCGUCCGCACCAGAAACCAGCCACGUCGGAAUUCUUCCAAGCGCAAGCAUUCACUCGACACAAGUCAGGUUCCGCGCAAGUCCUCAGCCAUCAUCAUCUCCGAUAAUGCCGAGGAUGACACAGCUCGAGGCAUGGUCACGAGGAAAUCUGCCUCUGGUAUUACAAAUACAAGCGAGCCCAAUCGUCCGUGGGGCAGAAGAGGCAAGGCACCUGCUCAGAACGAUGAAGAUGUCAUUGACAGUGGCGACGAGGUCGAAGAGUAUGACUUCUCGAACGAUCCAGAGCAGGAUCUUGAGGAGGACGAUCAGACCACCGAGUUCUACGAGACCGAAGAGAACAUCGUUGAGAUCUCAUCAGACGAUGAAGAUUCGGAGCAAGGAUUCGCUGAUCGACCGUGGCUCAACUUCGACAAUAAGAUGCGUGAGUCAUGGGAGGUGAUGUACGCCACAGUUACCACCCAUCCGAUCAACGGCAGCUGGGAGAUGACCGAGGAGUACCAAGAGGAGAAAGAUGCCGAGAUGAUGCGUUACAUGGAGAAUUUUCCUCUCCAGAGAUGGAUCAUCCCGCAAGACCAAGCCAACCGAGCAUACUUUCGGCUGCUCGAGCGCGCACGCUGGCGAUCCUUGGGAAUCCGUAUCUACGGGCGAGAGCGCAUUCCCGAGUGGAUACCAGGCAGCACCAACGCCGCCCACCUCCAGCAGGCCCUGAACAUCCCUCGGGAGAAGUACUCUCGCGAGCCAGCACAACAGCCCAACUAUGCGCAAGCUGGCCCAUCGGGCUCAUCCGUACCAGCACAUCGUCAACAGCAUCCUCAGCAACCACCCCAACAACAGCAUCGCCCAUCCACCUCAGUACUGCACCAACAUCCAUCAGCACCAGCGACUCCAAACACCCACGGACUACCACACACGGGCGGUCUGUCACAAGAACACGCUCAGAUGCUGGCCCACCAUAGCUCGGCACUUCCGCAUCAUGGUCCUAGGCCCGGCCAGACUCCCAUGAUGGCUCAAGGACCACCACCUUCACAACAAGGAGGUCCACAUCCACCACCCCUGAAUGCGCUGCCAUCGCAGCCUCACGCCCAGCCACUGGCUGUGCAUCCGGGCAAGCCAGGCCACCCCCAAUAUGCCCAUCCUGGCAUGGGUCGGCCUGUGGGACCUCCACAGCAGAUCUCUUAUGGACUGCCUCAAGGCUACGGCGGCCAUAUGAUGCCACCGACCAACUUCCCGCACGUUGAGCACCCUAAGCCUAUGCGACCUCGCGCCAAGAAGGAGUCACCAAUUGCAACGACACCCCCACCGCCACCUCCGACGCCGCCGUACGAGCUGCGCCAGAAGCCCAAGGAGCGGGUGGGAAAGAAUGCUCCACGCAAAGGCGCCCGCCGUCAAGCAGAAGCUGAAGAGUUCCCGUGGACGCGUCAGAUCGACUUCGCAGCCGAGAAGGCGAGGGCCACUUGGGACGACAGUGUAUAUGAUCCAGUCGCAUUGCGCGAAAUGGAUGCCACCCGUGCUCGCAACGUUGCCAUUAUUGAUGAGCUCGAUGCGAAGGUGCAAGUGCAGCAGCGCAUUGCUCGCGCCAACAAGAAGAAGCGUGGUGCCGAACCUUCAUCAGAUGUCGAGCCGGUGCCGCCGCCUGGUGAGAAGAAGAAGAUGCAGCGUGGCCAGCGCAAGGGCGAGUCUGGUGGUGAUCCAUAUCAUUCCGGUGCCUUUGCGUUCGCCAGCGAUGAUGACGCAGCAAAGGCGAGGGAUAUGGGCUUCCACAUUCCAGACGAGGCAAUCGAGGCAGCUGAAGCCGGCAAACUUGACGUCGAAGGCCAAGCCAGUCUCAAGAUCUGCUGGAACCCCGGCAAGAAGGGCACAACAGAGAAUCUCGAGCAAGUAAAGUUCUCCAUUAAGGACACAGUCGCCACCCGCAAGCAGUUGAAGGAGCGUCUGGUCUUGACCAAGCGCGCUGCCGAGUGCAUCGUCGACUUCUGCCCGGACCUUCUCUGGCGCGGUAUGCUUCUCCGCAUUACAAGCGAGGCUGGCUAUGGCAACAAGGACGUUCGAGAUCGCUUCUGUUACAACGGAUGCUAUUGCGACAAGGCUACGAUCACGAAGCGCAUAUCCGCUGCCCUUGGUCAGAAGCAGGUACAGCCCAAGUCCAAGGGCUACGGUCCAGGCGAGUGGGAGUGGUAUGAUGAGAACGUCAAGGAUUUCUCCAAGUACAUCGACUACUUUGGCAAGCGACACAGCCACCGCAACAUGCUGAAGAUCCAGAUGCAAGGCGAGAAGCGCAAGAUGGCGGUCAAGCAGACUCUUGACGAAUCGACACCCAAGAAGGACGAGAGUCCUUCCUCUUCCGUUGAGGAUGGAGCUGAUUCCAGCAGGAAGCGCCGAAAGCUUGACAAGUACGAUGAUGCCGGUGAGGAGAGCGAGGACGACAACAUGGAGGACGAAGUCGACGGUCAUGACGAUGGUCACGAGUCCGAUGCAUCCGACGACGCCGUCUCAUUGCAGGACUCUGACAUUCUCGACGAGAUCGACGACUAG